CUCUCUCUCUCUCUUUCAUUUUGCCUUGAAAGAUUGGAUUUUUGUCUUGCGCCCAUUGCUAUUGUGUCCCCUUUUAUCAUUCCUCUGAGAAUUUCCCAUUGCCCUUUUAAGGCCCACCUGUAAUAGAGAACCCCCCCAAAGUCGCCUGCUUGUGAGUUACUCCUCCUUCUGGGGUCUGCUCUUCUCGUUCUGUGGCCAUUUCAGAGUCUACAUUGGCCUAUCUAUGCCCGUUCUGUCCCACAGAAAGGAAGCCCUCUCUCUGCUCCUCUGGCCUCUCGAGGAAGAAGAUCAGGGGGGUUAGCUCAGAUCAACUCCAAAGUUCUCUUACAGGUGGGAAUGCUUUAAUUCUGCAGCAGCACAAGAAGGGACCAGACCGAACACUUAUUUCCUUCUACUACUGAUUUCUAGCAUAAGGGAUGUCUGGUUCUUUGGACGAGCAGCUGUCGAAGAAGAUUUUGGGUCUGAAACUAUGGGUCUUGAUUGGAAUUUGUGUGGGUGCAUUCAUAGUUGUCAUCCUCUUCGUGUUAUCUAUCUGGAUCACUUUCCGGAGGAAAUCAAGAAGGAGAGCUGACAAGUUUUCACUUUCCCAAAUACCCAACGUAUCGAAGGAUAUAAGGGUUGACAAAGUUGGAGCUCAGAGUUUCCAUAAUCAACCUGAAACCGCAUUCCUCUCUGUUAGUGACAAAUCGGCUGAGAAGAACUCGGAGAAGAUGCUGGUGCAUUUGGCUAUGAGCAAAUCGAGUGACCCAGAUAAUUUAAGUCAGUGCAGCUCGGUUUAUCACCACGAGAGGGGUUGUAGCUCUGAGGAAGGAGGCUCUGGAACGGUUCAUAAGAAUUCGGGUUAUGGUGGGCUUGUCACAGCCUCUCCUCUGAUUGGCUUGCCUGAGAUUUCACAUCUUGGUUGGGGCCACUGGUUCACUCUUAGAGACCUCGAGCUUGCGACCAAUCGGUUCUCUGCAGAGAAUGUUCUUGGUGAGGGUGGCUAUGGGGUUGUUUAUAGGGGCAGGCUGGUCAAUGGAACUGAGGUGGCAGUGAAGAAGCUUCUCAAUAAUCUGGGACAGGCUGAGAAAGAAUUUAGGGUGGAAGUGGAGGCCAUAGGGCAUGUUCGGCAUAAGAACCUCGUACGGCUUCUGGGUUAUUGCAUUGAAGGGAUUCACAGAAUGCUUGUAUAUGAGUAUGUGAAUAAUGGCAACUUAGAAGAGUGGCUACAUGGAGCAAUGCGCCAACAUGGGACCCUGACAUGGGAGGCCCGCAUGAAGGCCAUUCUCGGAACAGCUAAGGCGCUUGCCUACUUACAUGAAGCAAUUGAACCCAAGGUUGUGCAUAGAGACAUCAAAUCAAGCAACAUCUUGAUUGAUGACGAGUUCAAUGCGAAGGUCUCUGAUUUCGGCUUGGCAAAGCUGUUAGGUUCAGGAGAGAGCCAUAUCACAACUCGAGUCAUGGGAACAUUUGGUUAUGUGGCACCAGAGUAUGCUAACUCCGGGUUGUUGAAUGAGAGGAGCGAUAUUUACAGUUUUGGUGUUCUCCUGCUUGAGGCAAUUACUGGAAGGGACCCAGUUGACUAUGGCCGCCCUGCUAAUGAGGUAAAUCUUGUGGAAUGGCUAAAGAUGAUGGUAGGCAAUAGAAGAGCUGAGGAUGUUGUGGACCCGAACCUUGAAGUUAAGCCCUCGACACGGGCUCUGAAACGAGCCCUUUUGGUAGCACUCAGGUGCGUUGAUCCUGAUGCAGAUAAGAGGCCCAAAAUGACCCAGGUUGUGCGAAUGCUUGAAGCUGACGAAUACCCUUAUCGCGAGGAUCGAAGACAGAGAAAGAGCCGCACAGCAAGUAUGGAGAUUGAAUUGAUGAAGGACGGGCUGAGCCCAUCUGAUGCUGCAGUUGACAAGGUGGAUGACCCAGAAAGCCAUAAAUCCGAGAUUGCUCUGGCAUAGGAAAAACUGACAGAUUCACAUCAAUAACCUGGGCAAUUACUGGAGCCUGCCUAAUCAUAACCCAGUUUGUCAGUGGUAGUUGCAACAUUAUGAAGAACACAAUACACUCCUCAAGAGUUCGAUUUUUUCCCGGAGGCAGCUUUCCAUUAGUCAAAGAAGCACAGUGAGCAGAUGUAUGUGUAUUCAUGCCGUGUAUGGUUUAAUGUUUAUGCGUGUGCAAGAGAGAGAAAGAGGCAGAGGGGAGGUCCUCGAAUUUGUACAGAUGAACAUGUCCGGCUGUCGUUGAUUAUUAGUACAUGGUUAUCUUUUUUGCUCUGUGGUUUUGUUCUUCAGCCUAUUAUGAUUGUUCUUUGGCUCUCCUUAGCUACUGAAAUUAUUGAAAUCAGAAGUCCCAUUUCUUCA